AUGACUUCUGCAAAGGAGAUUUACCAUUCUCUUUCUAGUAUAUUCGCCAACAGAAAAUCUGACGAGGUUCUUGAAAUUGAGAUCUUGACUCCGGAAUCGGGGCCACUCUUACAAGAUGGACUCUGCAUUGGAAUCACCAAGGCCGCGCUGGUCAAGGCCUUUCUAAUUGCGAGACAGAAACUUACGAGAUAUCUCACUCAACUGAAAGAGAACACUGUCAAUGGGGGUCUUCCAGAUGAGUCGGACGAAGCCAACGAACUCUCCAUUGCUACUCAGAUCAUCCUCCUUUUUGACUGUGAGCAUGUGACGGCAUGCAACUGGAGGAAGCGAUAUAUAUCCUCUUCAAUGCAACAGUAUGAUAAUCAGUAUGAAUCAAGACACUUGGAAGAUCUUUUGCAAAGAGAAACAACUCUCUUGUCCUCAUUUCAAUGUUCGCCAUUACAUCGACAUACAAAGUCGCCUACACUAUGGCAGCAUCGGCUGUGGAUUAUGGGCAAGCUGUUGAAUUUGAAAGAACAGAAUGCAAUGGCCUAUGAUCCCCUUUGCAGACUCAUACUAAAAGAGCUUGAUGUGGUUUGCAAGUCAGGCCAGUUACAUCCCCGAAACUAUUAUGCGUUCAGCUAUAUGCGCCAGUUACAUGCUUUAGUGUGUCGAUAUAGCUCUUCAAAAGAAGGAGUGUCGCGUGAAGAAGUGUUGGGGGAUGGUAGUCAAGCUCUACUACUUGACUUGGCUAUCCUCAUGAUUGAACCAGUGUUGAAAUGGUGUCUAUCCAAUCCAAGCGAUAUAUCGGGAUGGAUGUAUCUUUUCUAUCUUCUAGAUUGUGACAGGCAGAUGAUGAACUCUCCUUCUAUGCAGGAGGAUAGGAUGAUCGCAGAACGAAUAGUUGUCAUGAAACGGACUAUCCAGUUUGCUGUGCACAUAGCUACAUGGGAGGGCGAGAGUCUGUGGACAUUCGUCGACCUGAUGCUAGCAAGAUUUGGAAAUGGUAUUCUUCCAACAGCUGACAUUGCAAGAUUAGAGCUGGCGAACAGUCUGCCAACAUCUGGUGCUCGUUGGAAGACAACAAAACUCGGAGUAUACAAGACAUACGAAGGGAUGCGGGACGAAUCCAUAAGCUAG